AUGGCCGGCACGGGGAGAGGGGCCGGAGGCGGGCGGUGUGCAAGCGGCAGCGGGGCCGCGUGGACGAGCCGGGGCGAGGCAGGCCGCGGCUACAUGGGGAGGUGGGGUCUGUGCGCGGCAGGGUCGCGGUCAGCGACGGCGCGGGUGUGGGCGCGCGCGGGGGGGUGGGGGUGCAACGGGUGCAGCGAGCGCGCGUGGGCAGGAGCAGGCGCGACCAAGAGCAGUAGGCAGGGGCCGGCCAUGGCGCAUGGGUCGCGGGGAAGGGGCCAGAGGCACGCGGGACGCGCGGCGAGCGCGGUGCGGGGGCGGAGCGGACGGCGUGCGAGCGCGCGCGGGAGGAGAGUUCCGGCCACGGCGGACUGCGGAGCCGAAGCUCACAUGUAG